AUGGACCACGGGAAAGCGUCCCCGAUUCAGGGUGCUAUCGACUGGCAAUCCGACCCGUAUUGGCGGCAUAGACGCCUCUCCCCAGCACUGCUUCAGAUCCAUGACAUCCGGUUGGAGGCGCGGCGUGUAGAGUAUGGACCCAUGCUGGAGAUGACAGAAAUUCUACCGUCCACGCUUGCUCCGGCUCUAGCGAACAGAGACAAACUAGCUAAAGAUUUUCCUUGUGAGGAGAUCGCAAAGGAUCGAAAUGACCAACAUCAUCUCCGGACGCUGGCGGCUGAGUACGGGUGGCUGAACGUCUUGCGCAGCGAUGAAGUCCAGCAAACCACAUCUGAUCCACAGGAGAUGAGGAAAUGUCGUUGGAUACACAUUUCUAGCAAAUUCUCGGAUUAUCUAGCCGGUUGUCUACUCGGUCUUUCGGACUGGAGCAAGAAUCCUGGGCAGGUGGCGAUGGCGUUGCAGCAGCUUGACCAUUGCGUCUAUCAGAAUGAGCGGUUUUCCAAACAUGGACGAUAUUUUGCGCCCUUCGUCCAAGAUCUUCUAGAAAGCGACAUCCAGGACGGGGGACAUGACGGUGAAGGCCCAAUGCUGAUCAGUGUGCCGUUCUUAGACUGGUCUGUAGAAGGACCGUCGCCACCACUACGAUUUCAAGUGGACCCAAGAGAAGGGUAUCAAUCUAGCCGAGGCUCUUCGCAUCUAUUGAGGUCGAUAUUGCAGCAUUUCUAUCGCCUUGAGGAUACCGCGGAUCGGGAGCCGCAACAGGUUUUCACCAAGCAUAAACCAUGGCUUACAGACCGCGAACUCGAUCUGAAAGUGCGGCGCUGGUAUGGACAUUACCCUUCGGCGCUGAACGUGGACGAGCUGUGGCUACUAGUGAUUGAUAGGCGCCAUGUGGUGACCUUCAGCAGUAAUCAGUCGUGGAAGUCGACUUGGCCGCCCUUACAACUCUCUGCUCGAAUCAGAUCGGUUUCUUUCCGCGGGAUGCGCAAUACCUUUCUGAAUUCUCUGACUGAGCCGGACUACACUUCCUAUACCCACGUCCUCACUGCGAUGAGUGGAGCACUUGGCAUGCUGCACCGGAGUUUCUGGAGCGACAUUACGCUUUGUCUGUCAGACAGAUACGCAAGUUACCUAGGGCAUCUGCAGUACCGCCUACAUCGAAGCCCAAGCACAAAACUUGUAAUGGAUCUUCUCCAAGUACAGGAAGAGUUGAACAUCAUCAUACAACUGACGGACCAGCAAAUGGAGCUGGUGAAGGCCGUCCGAAAGGCCCUAGAAAAGGCCAAU